ACUGUAUUUAACCUUGGAGAAACGAUUCAAGAGCUCGAGAGUGUUGUUAACAUUGUGUCAAAAAACAAAAAUACAAUUUUUACUCACCGUAAUCUUUUAUAAUUUAUCUUAUUUUAUUCAAUUAUAUAAUAAGUACCAAGUAGCUUAAAAAUAAUUAUAUUUAUAAUGUCAUUUAAACGUGUAUGUGAUGGAUCAGGCAGUGAUUUACUCAAAAGUCUUGAGUCACAAAGGAUCAGGGAAUUACUUGGCAUUCAAAUACCAGAUGGUGAAGCUAAAUUGUUAUCUAAUGGGAAGCUGACUUGUAUGAUAUGUAUUCAAAGACCAAUUUUUGAUACUAUUAAUGUGCUCUCGAUUCACAGAAAAGGAAAAAAACAUUUAAAUGAACUUAGUAAAUAUUUGGAAAGAAAGGAGGAAUUAGAGUUAAUAAAGAUUAAACAACAACAAAAAAACUGUGUUCAGUCAUUUGGUGCUUCGAAAAUGUAUGCUAGUUCUACAGAACGUAAAACAAAAUUGGAACUACCAGAUAAUGAUUCAGAUAAUUCUAAAGAAUCUUCCAUUGUUUCUCGCUAUGUAUCUUCAAUAAAAAAAAAACCAUCUUUACAAGAUGUAAUAAGCCGUGCAAGAAAACAUCCUUACCAGCAACCGGUCUCUAAUUCACAUACCAUAGUGUCCAAAAUUACCCUAGAUAUCACUCAAUCUAUAAAGCCUUCCACUAAUAAAGAAAUUGAAAUUGGUUGGAUAAAAAAUUCUGACGGAUCAUGGUCUAAGGAUCCACAAGCUGAAUUUGAUUCUGAUGAUGACUGAUUUUUGUGCAAAUUAUUUAUAAGAUAAUUUUAUACCGAAACAAAUGACAUCAAUUGCCGAAAAAUCAUCUAAUAUGAAAUUACCACUCAUAACAAUGGGUUGAAUUCUUGAUGUAAAACCAAGUA